AUGUUGGGUAUUAAAUCUGGAGAAGCUUCACAAGCUAAAAAUUCAUUUGAAGUUGAUGAUGUGUUAGAAGAAGAUCUCCAGACCAAAGGUUUCCAAUCUACUUCAAAAAGCCACAAGUGUCAUUGUAAGACAACUAGACAAGUUGUGCUAUGCUGGAAAUAUUUUAAAAUAGAAGGAGAAAAAUCAUCAACAACCAACAUGAAUUCACAUCUUGCAGAUGAACAUGACAUAGUGAAAUUUCAAAAAAACCUGAGUAAUACAAAAGGUUCCCAGCAAACUAUCACCAGUAUGCUACAGCAUGUCAUCCCUCACAAAGAAGUUAAAAAACUUAAUAUUUGUCAUGGUGUUGCAGAAUGGCUUGUGAUUGACAAUUGA